GCUCUGACCUUUUUUUCGGACACAUAAAAGGCUCUGGGACGAGGACAGACCUGUCCUGUUGACCUACACAGUCAUGAUGGGUAAGAUCAUCUUCUACGAGGGCAGGAACUUUGAGGGACGCCACUAUGAGUGCAGUGGGGACUGCGCUGACAUGCACUCCCACUUCUCCCGGUGUAACUCCAUCCGGGUGGACAGUGGGUGCUGGGUGGCCUAUGAGAAGUCGAACUAUUCUGGGUACCAGUAUAUGCUGACAAGGGGGAAGUACCCCGACCACCACCGCUGGUCCGGCUUCAACGACUGCAUCCGCUCCUGUCGCAUCAUCCCUGCUUAUAACGGAAACUACAGGAUGAAGAUCUUUGAGAGAUCAGACUUCGGAGGCAAGAUGAUGGAGCUGAGCGACGACUGUCCCAACCUGCAGGACCGCUUCCACCUGAGAGACAUCUCAUCCUGCAAUGUCAUGGAGGGCUACUGGAUCCUCCACGAGCACCCCAACUACAGGGGUCGUCAGUACUUCCUACGCCCUGGCGAGUACAACAAGCACAGCGACUGGGGCAGCAUGAGCUCCACCAGUGGCUCAGUGCGUCGCGUCAUAGAGCUGAAGCAAACCAACCAAUAAAGCAGAGUCUCUAGAUCUCUCUCCAGCCAGGCUAGAUCUCUCUAAACGCCUGUAGAAUUCUGUACAGGGGUUGACUAAAUGAGCCAAUCUCAACAUAUGGUUGGUGUCAGGGAAUAAGGAGACUGUCCUUUAAUAAUUAGUAUCACUGGAUGAUAAUAUGACUGGGCAGAAGUAAGAAAGCAGUGUCUUGGAAUCCUGGUGUAGUUGUACAAAGAGCAUUUAGAAGGCUUUCAACAAAACAUCAAAUGAUGGAAUUUCUUGUGGAAGAAUGGUGUCAUCCCUCAAAUAGAGUUCCAGACACUUGUAGAAUCUAUGCCAAAUGCGCAUUGACGCCGUUCCGGCUCGUGGUGGCCCAAUGCCCUAUUAAGAUAAUUUAUGUUGGUGUUUACUUUAUUUUGUGAGUUACCUGUAGCUCUACUGUAUAGUUACUGUAAAGGUACAUUACAUUUAAAAUCAAAGAGGGAUGUGCACAUAUCUCAACAUUAGAAUACUUUCUCUUUUUUUGUCUACAACAUAAGGUCUGAAAACAUCUGACAAACUUACAUUUUGAAGUGAAAUAUCCCAUUGAAUUGGCCAGUGAGAUGCUUUACCAAUUGAAAUAAAUAAGACAUACAGUAA